UCGGUGCGCAAUCGAGCCGCGAGCGAAAAGAGGAAGGGCCGCGGUCGUUCGCCGACUGCGGGAUUUGCAUAAAUAUUUGCGCUUGUCGCUUCGAAAUUGGCGUUUGAGGAUGCACCGAGGAAACGACGUCACGUGCGAAGGCCUUACCGGGCGGCAAUUUCACUUUUGAGCGACGAGGAGAGAGAGAAACACCUGCCAAGUUGGAGAGCGGUGGGGACUCGGGAAUGCGUGUGUGAUGUUCCCGCUGAAGAAGAUGCAGCCGCGGCGCUGCCGAAAGUGGUCCAGUGGGGCGCGAGGGCUUGGUGCGUGACCGCUAACAACUUUCUUCUUCUUUCCUCUGCUGCCAGAGCAGAGAAAUUCCAGCACAAGUGAGUGCAGUCCGUCGUCGACCGACCGCCGCACAGUCGCCGAAUCGCCAUGGCUCCGUCGGCAGGAGGGACGGACGUCAACAGCCCCGAGUUCAUCCUCAAGUCCUUUCUGGCCGGAGGCAUUGCUGGCAUGUGCUCAAAGACGACUGUGGCACCCUUGGACAGAAUCAAGAUUUUGCUGCAGGCCCACAACAAGCACUACCAACAUUUAGGCGUGUUUUCCGGUCUGAAGAACAUUGUUAAGACGGAGAAAUUCAUCGCCCUGUACAAAGGCAAUGGAGCGCAGAUGGUGCGGAUUUUCCCCUACGCAGCCACCCAGUUCACGGCCUUCGAGAUCUACAAGAAGAUUUUGACCAACGCUUUAGGACCGAACUCUCACGCCAGCAAGUUUUUGGCCGGGUCAGGUGCUGGAGUGACUGCCGUCACCCUCACCUACCCCCUCGACACGAUCAGGGCUCGACUGGCCUUCCAGGUCACUGGAGAACAUGUCUACACUGGAAUCGUCCACACAGCAGUAUGCAUCUUCAAAGAGGAAGGGGGAGUUCGAGCGCUGUACCGAGGCUUCCUGCCCACCCUCUGCGGAAUGGUUCCGUACGCAGGACUUUCUUUCUACUGCUUUGAGAGACUCAAGUUCCUCAGCAUGAAGUACAUUCCCGACUGGACCUCUUCCCCGUGCAAUAGAAACACAGGUGGCCUUGUGUUGACCAUCCCUGCCAAGCUUCUGUGUGGAGGACUUGCAGGUGCUGUCGCCCAAAGCGUCUCUUACCCUUUGGACGUCACAAGGCGUCGCAUGCAGCUCGCGAUGAUGAUGCCCGAGACCAAGAAAUUUGGUUAUGGCAUGGUGAAAACUCUGCAACUGAUCUACAAAGAAAACGGAGUGGUCAAAGGACUGUACCGAGGCAUGAGCAUUAACUACAUGAGAGCCAUUCCAAUGGUGGCUGUGUCCUUCUCGACCUACGAGUUGAUGAAGCAGAUGCUCCAGCUGGACACAGGAAUGAAGCUUGGCUAGUGGAAAUGAGACUUAUUGGUGGCCUUUCAAGGGACCCUUUUUUUCUAAAGGCGCCCGUAAAAAUGUGACUGCAACUUUGCAUGUUAUAUUUUUCUACGAAACUAUGACGCCCCGAACAUUGUGAGAUUUGAGAUUUCGGUGGAUUCUGGCAGCUGAAUGGAAUUUAAGUUAUGUAAUUACGGAUCAAAAUCUUCAAUCAAUAAUAAUUAUUCGCGCUUUAUUUUAAGUGGAGACGCAUCCCUUAGUAAAAUAUAAGGGUGACGCUCUUUCUUUAUUUAGAUAGGUCUUAAGUCUAAAGGCUUGCAAAUGCCUUUAGAAGCUCAAAAGCAUGUGAGACGAUUUCAAAAUUAUUUAAACGGAAGACAAAUUAGGUUCAUCGAAGAAUGCUGUUGGUUAGUUUGCUUCCCUUAAGGGCGCAUAAGAGUUUGCUCAAAAUAUUAAUUUUAUCUUUUAAUAAUCCAUGAAUUAUUUAUAAAACUAUAGUUGUUAUUAUCCAGCAAUUAAAUUUUAUGCAUUGUUAAUUUCUAUUGGAGGUUUAAUUUAAAAAUAUUUUGUGGAAACUGAUUAAAAUAUUUCACUGCAGUUGGAAGUGUGGAAGCUCUUAAAAAGAUGUCAUUUCAAAAAAGAAUCUGAUUUUUUAAUAAAAUUUCCUCAUUAUCAUCCAAA